UUAAAAUUGAAAGAAGUCAUAUAAUAAAUAUAGCUAACAAUGAUGAAAAAGAUUGUAGUGGUUGGAGAUACUUCUGUCGGUAAGACAUCUCUCGUUUCUAAAUACGUCGAUGAUUAUUACCCAGGUGACCAUUUGACUACGAUAGGGGUUGACUUCAAGUUAAAAUAAGGUACAAAAGAAUGGAAGGAAGAUUGAUCUCACAAUUUGGGACACAGGAGGCCAGGAAAGAUUUAAAUCCAUAACUAAAAGUUACUUUAAAGGCGCCCACGCAGUUAUACUCGUAUAUGCCUGUAAUUGAGAAGAAUCAUUUGCAAAUAUUAUCGAUUGGUUACUUACUAUUGAGAACUGAGCCGAAGAGAAUGUAGUAAAAAUCAUGGUGGCAAAUAAAUCAGAUGUUGAAGAACUUAUAGUCAGCCAUGAGAAAGGAAGGGCAUUUGCUGAAGAGCAUGGCUGCUUCUUCUAUCCCUGAUCGUCAGUGACAGGGAAGAAUAUCGAUAAGAUCUUUAAUAAGAUAAUUGAUGAAUUAAGAGAAACAGACACUACAAAAGCUUGCACAAUUGCUAAGAGUAGCUUUCUUCUUGACUCAAACCCUGGAUUGGCGACUCACAAGAAGAAGAAAAGAAGAAGAUGAAGAUUCUUUAAAAUAUUUAGAAAGAAAAAGCCAACUGAAGGGGAUGAAUAGGUGUAUAUAAACUAAUUUACUUUAUAAAAAUAUCAAUUUUA